GAGUUGCACUAGAGCUGGCACGACCUUGCGGUGGUCCCCCAGCGCUCCUGGGAGCUCCAUCUGUCCGGGAAACCCUAGCCAGAGAUUUGGCCCUUUUUUCCUGCCAUGGUGACAAUGGUGACAGUGUCUGCUCCCGUCUGGUCCUUAGCCUAGCGGUUUCCAGACUCCAGGACUGCUCAGGGCGAGGCAGGGACCCGACGCCCCUCCCACCCUCCCACAGCGGGUGCAGCUCCCGCCUUGGCCUCCCCGCCCCGCGGUUGCUCUCAGCGCUUGACUGCCCGGGGUUCGUGCAUUUGGGGCGCAAGCCGGGAGGAGCCCCGCGGUUCUUGUGCUCGCACAGCUGGGCGUCGGCGGUCAGCAUCGGAGUGGAUCCUGCUCUGUCUGCAGACAUGGACGCCUUGCCACUCCGGUCGCCGCUGGUGCUGCUGCUGCGGGUGGUGCUGCUGCUACUGCCAGUGGCCAGUGCCUCAGAAGCCGAACACCGCCUGUUCCAGUAUCUGUUCGAAGAUUACAACGAGUUCAUUCGACCCGUGGCCAACGUGUCCCAUCCAGUCAUCGUCCAGUUUGAGGUGUCCAUGUCCCAGCUGGUGAAGGUGGAUGAAGUGAACCAGAUCAUGGAGACCAACCUGUGGCUGAAGCAAAUCUGGAACGACUACAAGCUGAAGUGGAAACCCUCUGACUACCAAGGGGUGGAGUUCAUGCACGUCCCCGCGGAGAAGAUCUGGAAACCAGACAUUGUGCUUUAUAACAACGCUGAUGGGGAUUUCCAGGUUGAUGACAAGACCAAAGCUCUACUCAAGUACACAGGAGAAGUGACUUGGAUCCCUCCAGCCAUCUUUAAGAGCUCAUGCAAAAUUGAUGUGACCUACUUCCCAUUCGACUACCAAAAUUGCACCAUGAAGUUCGGCUUGUGGUCCUAUGACAAGGCGAAGAUUGACCUGGUCCUCAUUGGCUCCUCAAUGAACCUCAAGGACUACUGGGAAAGUGGCGAGUGGGCCAUCAUCAAAGCCCCAGGCUACAAACACGAGAUCAAGUACAACUGCUGUGAGGAGAUCUACCAAGACGUCACAUACUCGCUGUACAUCCGCCGCCUGCCCCUGUUUUACACCAUCAACCUCAUCAUCCCCUGCCUGCUUAUCUCCUUCCUCACAGUGCUCGUCUUCUACCUGCCCUCUGACUGUGGCGAGAAGGUGACCCUCUGCAUCUCUGUGCUCCUCUCCCUGACCGUCUUUCUCCUAGUGAUCACCGAGACCAUCCCUUCCACCUCGCUGGUCAUCCCCCUGAUCGGGGAGUACCUCCUCUUCACCAUGAUUUUCGUCACCUUGUCCAUCGUUAUCACAGUCUUCGUGCUCAACGUGCACUACAGAACCCCGACCACACACACCAUGCCCACUUGGGUCAAGGCUAUAUUCCUGAACCUGCUCCCCAGGGUCAUGUUCAUGACUAGACCAACCAGCAGCGAGGGAGAAGCUCAGAAGCCAAGGACCUUCUACAGUGCUGAGCUCUCAAAUCUGAACUGCUUCAACCGUGCAGACUCUAAAAGUUGCAAGGAAGGCUAUCCGUGCCAAGAUGGGACAUGCAGCUACUGCCAGCACCGGAGGGUAAAAAUCUCAAAUUUCAGUGCUAAUCUCACGAGAAGCUCAAGUUCUGAGUCUGUCGAUGCUGUGUUGUCCCUCUCUGCUCUGUCACCAGAAAUCAAGGAAGCCAUCCAAAGCGUGAAGUAUAUUGCUGAAAAUAUGAAAGCCCAGAAUGUAGCCAAAGAGAUUCAAGAUGAUUGGAAGUAUGUUGCCAUGGUGAUCGACCGAAUCUUCCUCUGGGUUUUCAUCCUGGUGUGCAUUUUAGGGACGGCGGGGUUAUUUCUACAGCCCUUGAUGGCCAGAGAUGACACGUAAAUUGUGAACUGAGUUCAUGGAGGCUUGCUGGCCUGUGCUGACGCGGGGCCUUCUCCGUAGCACCACACCUUACCCAGCUUUGAGUUUGCUAUUUCAGGGUUAGUCAUUUUCAAAUCAUCUUGAUUUUUGGCAAAAACAAAUGUAGAAGAAAAAUGUCUAGUUAUUUAUUAUGGAAUAAUGAACAUUUAGCUAGCCUUGCAGAUAGAGCAUGUCAAGAGGCUCCUUUUCUUGUGGUUGAAAAUUAACUAGAUAGAAAAACUUCCCAUUCGCAAAUACUAAACCCCUUAGCUCGGUGUCUCUAUAGAUUUCCUCAUUUGUUUAUCCCACAAUCUCCCUGAAAUUGUAGACUAUUUCAGCAGUGUCCCAGCAAUUCUUACUUCUUACUGCCUUUCCAAAGCCCAAGGGCCAGUCUUCUGCUUCAGUAUUUGUGUUGCUGUUAAAUCACAUAUUAUCAUACUUGGAGAAAUUACACCUGCUCUCAUCCUCACUGUUAAUAAACUACUCUCGUCUGUUCACAUUGCUAAUUUAGGAAAACAUCCUGUACAGCCCUGCAUGGCUUUAACCCCAGCACUCAGGAAGCAGAGACAGAGGCAGGUGGGAUCUCUAUGAAUCUGAGGCCAGUCUGGUCUAGAUAGUGAGUUCCUGACCAGUCAGGGCUGCAUAGUGACACACUAUCUCAAAACAACAAAAGUCCCCAAAACAGGACAGCUUACUUCUUACAGUCUAGGGGCCUGAGAAGUCUAAGGUCAAGGUGCCAUAAGGCUGUCUGGGAGAAGUCUUCAUCAGAAAACAUACCUUCCAGUUUAUCUUCAAGUUUCUGGAAGGGCUGGUCUUCUCAGAGUCUUUGACAAGAGCACUAAUUCCAUUCAGGGGGGCAUGACCCAGGACCUAAUAACCUCCUGAGCAGCGUUGCACAAGAGGCUCACAUGUGAGCUGUAGGGAGUCACCCCAGACCACAGGAGGAGCUGUCAGAGCAGGGCUUCGCCAUCUUAGCACAAGGCUUUGGGCUCCAGAAUGCUGCUAGGCAUGUGAGACACGGGGAACCUCAGCAACCCUGUGGAUGCCAAUAGCAAGCCUCCCACCACAGCAGUGGGGACGACACCCCGAAUGGAGAAGGACGUCAUUGGAACUGGUUAUGCUUAAGGAGCUGAUCUGAACAAACUGAAUUUCCUGUAUUACAUUUCUGAACCUGUACCACAACCGUUAGAGAUAAUUCACAGGGACCAUUUGAGUAUUCUCACUAGUUGUGUUUUCUCUAUGCAAAAUAAAACCUGACAAUUGCAA